AUUCUUUGCGUCUAAUCGUUGCUUGUGGUGCUAGCUGUACAGUUAGCUAGCUAGGUACAGAAAUUAUAGAUACAAGUUGUCAACACGUUUCUCAUUCGGUAUCUAAAUCAAACCUACCGCGACAAUGAAAGAUGUUACCGGGUACCUCAAAACGCAACAGAGCAUGAGCUCAACUCCGGAGAUGGCAUCGGAAUGGCACACACUAGAGGAGUUUUACAACAAAAAGUUGUGGCAUCAGUUGACCCUAAAGCUCACAGACUUUGUAAAAGACCCUUGCUUUGCCACAGGAGAUGGCCUCAUACAGCUGUACGAUAACUUCCUCAGUGACUUUGACCACAGAAUCAACCCCCUGUCUCUGGUGGAGAUCAUCCUGUAUGUUGCCAGACAAAAGACAGAUCCUAAAGAUGCUAUCACUUUCCUUGAGAAGACUAAGGAGAAGGUGAAGAGCAACGACGAGUCGGUCAUUCUGUGCAAGACAUCUAUUGGAGCCCUAAAACUGGAGAUAAAUGACCUUCCAGCCACAAAGAUAUUAAUUGAGGAGGUGGAGGAGACGCUGAAUAACUUGCCGGGUGUGACGUCAGUCCACGGGCGAUUCUACGACCUGUCCAGCAAAUACUACCGCAUCGUGGGGAACCAUGCCUCUUACUACAAGGACGCUCUGCGCUACCUCGGCUGUGUCGACAUCAAAGACCUGCCAGAGACAGAGAAGCAGGAGAGGGCUUUCACACUGGGUCUGGCUGGACUCUUAGGAGAAGGAGUUUACAACUUCGGAGAGCUGCUGAUGCACCCAGUACUGGAGUCCCUAAGGAGCACAGACAAGCAGUGGCUGAUAGACACAUUGUACGCCUUCAACGGAGGCAACGUGGAGAAGUUCCAGGCCUACAAGUCUGCCUGGGGAGCGCAGCCUGACCUGGCAGCCAAUGAAUCCAAACUGAUGCAGAAGAUUCAGCUGCUGUGUGUGAUGGAGAUGACGUUCACUCGUCCCGCCAACAACAGACAGCUGACCUUCCAUGAGAUUGGACAGAGUGCCAAGAUCCCCGUGAACGAGGUGGAGCUGCUAGUGAUGAAGGCUCUGUCUGUGGGUCUGAUUGUGGUUCUUGUCCUCUGCAGGUGGAGCUGCUAGUGAUGAAGGCUCUGUCUCUGGGUCUGAUUGUGGUUCUUGUCCCCUGCAGGUGGAGCUGCUAGUGAUGAAGGCUCUGUCUGUGGGUCUGAUUGUGGUUCUUGUCCUCUGCAGGUGGAGCUGCUAGUGAUGAAGGCUCUGUCUGUGGGUCUGAUUGUGGUUCUUGUCCCCUGCAGGUGGAGCUGCUAGUGAUGAAGGCUCUGUCUCUGGGUCUGAUUGUGGUUCUUGUCCCCUGCAGGUGGAGCUGCUAGUGAUGAAGGCUCUGUCUGUGGGUCUGAUUGUGGUUCUUGUCCCCUGCAGGUGGAGCUGCUAGUGAUGAAGGCUCUGUAUGUGGGUCUGAUUGUGGUUCUUGUCCUCUGCAGGUGUAGCUGCUAGUGAUGAAGGCUCUGUCUGUGGGUCUGAUUGUGGUUCUUGUCCCCUGCAGGUGGAGCUGCUAGUGAUGAAGGCUCUGUCUGUGGGUCUGAUUGUGGUUCUUGUCCCCUGCAGGUGGAGCUGCUAGUGAUGAAGGCUCUGUCUGUGGGUCUGGUUGUGGUUCUUGUCCUCUGCAGGUGGAGCUGCUAGUGAUGAAGGCUCUGUCUGUGGGUCUGAUUGUGGUUCUUGUCCUCUGCAGGUGGAGCUGCUAGUGAUGAAGGCUCUGUCUGUGGGUCUGGUUGUGGUUCUUGUCCUCUGCAUGUGGAGCUGCUAGUGAUGAAGGCUCUGUCUGUGGGUCUGAUUGUGGUUCUUGUCCUCUGCAGGUGGAGCUGCUAGUGAUGAAGGCUCUGUCUGUGGGUCUGGUUGUGGUUCUUGUCCUCUGCAGGUGGAGCUGCUAGUGAUGAAGGCUCUGUCUGUGGGUCUGAUUGUGGUUCUUGUCCUCUGCAGGUGGAGCUGCUAGUGAUGAAGGCUCUGUCUGUGGGUCUGAUUGUGGUUCUUGUCCCCUGCAGGUGGAGCUGCUAGUGAUGAAGGCUCUGUCUGUGGGUCUGAUUGUGGUUCUUGUCCCCUGCAGGUGGAGCUGCUAGUGAUGAAGGCUCUGUCUGUGGGUCUGAUUGUGGUUCUUGUCCCCUGCAUGUGGAGCUGCUAGUGAUGAAGGCUCUGUCUCUGGGUCUGAUUGUGGUUCUUGUCCCCUGCAGGUGGAGCUGCUAGUGAUGAAGGCUCUGUCUGUGGGUCUGAUUGUGGUUCUUGUCCCCUGCAGGUGGAGCUGCUAGUGAUGAAGGCUCUGUCUGUGGGUCUGAUUGUGGUUCUUGUCC